AUGCUGCGGUUGCUGAAGCGGAGAAUCUGCAAUCCAGCAGCGGAGAAAGUACGUUUAAGCAGCAGUCUAAGCGGCGGCGACGGAGAUUUUCCGAUCUUAAAAGGUCAUAAAGCGGCUCAAGACUUAUCGAAAGAUACUCUAAAAUCCCAUGAAACUACAACAUACCAAGAAGGCCAACACAAAGUGGUGAAAAAGGAGUUCAAGAUUUACAGAUGGAAUCCUGACAAGCCAAACACUAAACCAUUUCUACAAUCAUUCUUCGUCGAUCUUUCAACUUGUGGUCCUAUGGUUUUGGACGUGUUGCAGAAGAUCAAAGCAGAGGAUGAUCCGAGCUUGAGUUACAGAAGAUCAUGUAGAGAAGGUAUAUGCGGAUCUUGUUCGAUGAACAUCGACGGUACUAACACCGUCGCGUGCCUUAAACCUAUAAAUUCUGACACAUCGAAGACCACUAUAAUCACUCCCUUGCCUCACAUGUACGUCAUCAAAGACCUAGUUAUCGACCUCACUAAUUUUUACCAACAAUACAAAUCGGUGGAGCCAUGGUUAAAGACAAAGAAGCCGCCGAAAGAUGGACGCGAACACCGUCAAUCACCUAAUGACCGGAAGAAACUAGACGGAUUGUAUGAAUGCAUACUAUGCGCGUGUUGUACCACUUCUUGUCCUUCAUAUUGGUGGAACCCCGAGGAGUUUCCAGGACCCGCAGCUUUGAUACAAGCGUACCGUUGGAUCAGCGACAGCCGCGAUGAGUUUAGAGAAGAGAGAUUACAGGCAUUAACAGAGAAUGAAACCAAAGUAUAUAGAUGCAGAGCAAUCAAGAACUGUACGGCAACUUGUCCUAAAGGACUUAACCCAGCUAGUGCCAUUUUGAAAAUGAAGGCUAAGCAUUGGUUCUCUGAUCCGAUCGACCCGCUAUCCAGGCCAUGA